AGGCCCAGGGAAGGAGCCUCGGCAGGGAGGCCGAGCCUGCCGCCGCCGCCCCGACUCCUGCCCGGGCAGCUCUGACGUCUGCUGUUGUUGCUGGAAGUGACGUCCGCGGGGAGGGACGCGCGGGGAGCGGAAGUGCCCGUCGGGUUCGGCGGCGGCAGAUUCGGUCUGCGCCCGCCGCCUCCGGGAGCGGCCGCGGGGCCGCCGCGCUGCCAGGGAUAAGCGGUGCUCCCGCCGCGCUGCCAGGGAAAGCGGUACUCCCGCCGCGCGGAUGCACUUUUGGCGUUUAUUUCAUAAUCUGAAAGAAGACUAGCAUUUGGAAUAAUGGCAACAGGAGACCUAAAUGGAAGUUUAAGAAAAAUUGAACAAGGACUUCGCUUGUUAAAUUAUCCAAGAGAUGUGGAUUAUACAGUGUUAGUAAAGGGUGAUCCAGCUGCAUUUUUACCUAUCAUCAGCUAUUGUUUUACAUCUUUUUCAACUUGCAUAGCAGAGCUUUUGGUAAAGUGUGAUGUGGAACUGACAGCCAAGAGCGACUUGCGUUUUAUCGAAGCUGUUUAUAAGUUUCUUCGAGAUCAAUUUCAGUAUAAACCAAUUUUAACAAAAGAGCAGUUUCUUCAGGUUGGCUUUGCAGAAAGAAAAAUGCAAAUUGUUUGUGACAUUAUCAACAGUGUGGUGAAGAAACAUAAGGAGUUGAGUAACUCUAGUAAGCACACUCAGAAGAAGCCUCUAGUCGAACGGCACUCAGGAAAUGAAGUUAGUGGUAAUCUUUGUCCCCUACCCCUUCCAGCACAGGGAGAGACUGAGGAAGAAUUGUGCCCAGAUUAUGAUAUUGUGGAAGUUAAAUGUGAACAAGAUAUGGAAGAAAAUUCACAAAUUGAGUUUUUAAAGAAUCAGCUUGCGGAUUUCCAGGAAAAGCUUCAUAAGCUAGAUUGGAUGGAAGAUAAGCUACAAAUUUUAGAAGAGAAGCUGCAAGGAAAGGUGAUCAUAGAUGAGAAGGACUGGAAUAACUUACUGAAUUGAGUUUUGCUUCUUGAAACAGAACUGUUGUUACAAUCCAGAAAGAGAGACUUACCUAAAGACUUCAGCAAUAUAAAUCAAAAAAGAACUUCUAGUAGCAUUCCAGUUUCUUUUGAUACAGAGAGGAAUGAGGAGAUGCCAGAGAGUCAUCUUCAGUCGUCUGGAUGCAGUUCACUGUUACCCACAGACCAGUCUCCCAAAGACAUGACCAUUAAUUCUCAUGAUCUGACAGACAUUUCAAAGGAGACAAUAAGACAAAGAAUGGAAAAUAUAAGUAAAAUAAUUGAAGAAACCUUCAAAUUGUUCAAAACACCAAGCCCACCUCUGGGAAUACCUGGAAGCACAGGUCUUCAGACCUGGUCUCUGCAGACCUACGGAUACCCAAAAUAAUCUGUAUGUUUAUACAGCGUUCAAUUCUUAAUAUAUUGGAUUUGUAAUGAUCACCAGUGCUUUUAUUGCCUUGAAUAAAUAUUUUACUCAUGCAUCUGUGUAUUGAUUUCCCUCCCCACGACCACAAUUUUUGGUUUUCAAGACUGUUAAAAUAGCUUCUUCCCCCCUCCUUGCACUUUUGUAAAUUGGAGUCAUUACAGCAGUGUAUUCUUGUGUUGACAUUUGUUAGCAGUGUGCUAAGUAAUAUGUUUUUUAAAAUGUGGGCUUGAGGACUGUGGUUUACAUCCUGUUGGAAACAUUCCAGCUGGAGCUUGCAUAUUACACCCAAGAGGCAUUCUUACAUACCAUCUUACCAUCUGUACUGUUGAAUAAGUCUUAAUAAAAAACUUACAUACACA